UUCACGCCCCCUCCCGCGACACCCUCUCCUCCCGCACUAUGAAGAGCUGACUGGAGAAGCUGGGAAUUCCCUGUUUCCUCCCGCCGCCGGCUGCCUUCUUAAAUCCUUCUGGCCAUCAGCUCCACGGUGGGACCCUCAACCGAAGUGACUCAAGGUUUUUUUCUGUCUUACUUCUUGAGGGAAACUGAGGAACCUGUUAGAGGACCGCGGCGUUCACCUGGAGCUCCGGCGGAACGUCUCCCAGCCUGCACGUCCGCCAGCGCCUCCUCGGGGACAAUCAAGUCCGGAGAGAAACGCCACCCUCGGGCCCCUCCCCGCAGAGACCCCCUUUCCCAGCUCAGGGGCAGCCACACCCAGCGGGGCUCAGCGCCGCCCCAGCUCCGUCUUUUCCCGCCCUCCGGAAGCGGGCGUGGCCAGCAGGACGCCCCGGCGUCACGGAGAGGAGGGUGUUGCCGGCUCCGGAGUCAUGGCCGGCGCCCACCCUGAAGGCGGGCCCGCGGCCUUCGGCGGAAAGAGGCCGCAGUUCGGGAGCCGGCUCCUGAGCGAUCCGGCGCGCGUCUUCCACCACAACGCCUGGGACAACGUGGAGUGGUCGGAAGAGCAGGCCGCGGCGGCGGAAAGGAAGGUCCAGGAGAACAGCACCCAGCGGGUGUGCCCGGAGAAACAAGUUGAUUAUGAGAUCAAUGCCCACAAAUACUGGAAUGACUUCUAUAAAAUCCAUGAAAAUGGGUUUUUCAAAGAUAGACAUUGGCUUUUUACUGAAUUCCCUGAGUUGGCACCUAGCCAAAACCAAAGUCAUUUAAAGGAUUUGUUCUUGGAGAACAAGAGGAGUGAAAUACCUGAAUGUGGAAGCAGUGAGAAUGGACCUGGUUUAAUAAUAGAAGAACAGCACAAGUGUUCUUUGAACAGCCUGGAACAUAAAACACAGACACCUCCUGUGGAGGAGAAUGUAACUCAGAAACUCGGUCACCUGGAAAUAUGUACUGAUGAAUUUCCUGGAUCCUCAGCCACCUACCGAAUACUCGAGGUUGGUUGUGGUGUGGGAAACACAGUCUUCCCAAUUUUACAAACUAACAAUGACCCAGGACUUUUUGUUUAUUGUUGUGAUUUUUCUUCUACAGCUAUAGAACUGGUCCAGACAAAUUCAGAAUAUGAUCCUACUCGGUGUUUUGCCUUUGUUCACGAUCUGUGUGAUGAAGAUCAAAGUUACCCAGUGCCCAGGGACAGUCUUGAUGUCAUCAUUCUCAUAUUUGUUCUUUCAGCAGUUGAUCCAAACAAGAUGCAGAAGGCUAUCAACAGGCUGAGUAGGCUUUUGAAGCCUGGAGGGAUAAUGCUUCUGCGAGAUUAUGGCCGCUAUGACAUGGCCCAGCUUCGGUUUAAAAAAGGUCAGUGUCUGUCUGGAAAUUUCUAUGUGAGAGGUGAUGGCACCAGAGUUUACUUCUUCACACAAGAUGAACUGGACACACUGUUCACUACUGCGGGACUGGAAAAGGUUCAAAACCUGGUGGAUCGCCGAUUGCAAGUGAACCGAGGGAAACAGCUGACAAUGUACCGAGUUUGGAUUCAGUGCAAAUAUCGCAAGCCUCUUGCAUCCAACACUGGCUGAGAGGCACCUGCUCCUGACACCAUGUGAGCUCAUUGUGUUUCAGGCAUUUUUAAAAGGAAUAUCUGUAAGUGGUGUCUUGUUAAUGUUGGACAGUUCAAGAAUUCAGACAGACUCAAACCUUGAACCUAGGAAAAAUUACUUUUUAUCAAGGUUCUAACCAUUGUUUUUUAUAUCUGUGAAGCCCUUCAAUAUGUACUUUUCUCAAGUUCUUUCUUACUUUGAGAUCUCUAUCUGUCUUGCCAUUUUGUGACUAAUAACUGCAACUAUUCAUAUAAAUAAGAAUUUUAAAACAUCAAGAAUUUAUUUCUGUGUGAAAGUGUUAUACAUAAUGUGUCAUUUGACUGUAAGUUGCAUUAAAUUAUUUGGGAAUUCAAAUACAUGGGCUAGGC